AUCACUGUCCUCUAAUGUCAUUAGUCCGUAAACCGGGUUACUGCGAGGCAUGCGGAAAGCGUCCCCAGUAUUCGGACGGCCACAAAGUCCACCCCUACUGCAGCAAGAGCUGCGCAACGUAUGCUAGACACAUUCGAGAUUCGGUAUCUAACGAAAGCAGCGUUCACGAUGGGCUUUGCGAGGCUUGUCAUGCUCGCCCGAAGCACUCGGAUGGAGUUACUGUUCACCCUUACUGUGGACGCAGCUGCGCCAACUUUGCCAAGAACAGUGGCAUAGUUGGGCCGUCCGCGCGGGUCGGGUCUCGCAUGUGCCAGACUUGCGGGCGCCGGCCACGGUAUUUCGACGGUAGUACUUUGCACCCCUACUGCGGCAAAAGCUGCGCUGCUGCUGCAAACAAGAGCAAUUCCGCGGGGCGCAUUGAGCUUUGUGAUUAUUGUGGUCAAAUGCCUCGUUACUUUGAUGGAAAUACACUUCACUCUUGUUGUUCAAUGACAUGCGCAAGGUUGGCAAGUGGUGAAGAGAAUCCUUCUGAGGACCGUUGCCUGAUAUGCGGAGAUUCCGUGCGCGAGGGCGGACACUUUUGCAGCAACGAUUGUGUACAAAGUGCGGUAGACUCAGCACCUCUCUUACUCGACGUGCCACAAGAGAAUGCUACCUUUCAGAGUGUGAUAGACCAGUUUACGGCUAGUUGGAAGCAUCCUACAAAGUGCCCCACCGUACGCUGGGUCCUCAAGGUCAUCAUACCUCGGAACCUUCUGCGUCAGUAUGAGACUUACAGUGCCGGUGUUGAGGCGCGUGGAAACUUUUUAUCUGCUGGUAAAAGUCUCGGUAACGAACAACGUCGAUGGCACGGGACAUUUCGCGAGUGUCUUCUGGGCGAUGAAGGGAGAACUAAGACGUGCACGUCCACUAAAUGUCGUCUUUGUCAAAUUAUCCGACGCUCCUUCAAAAUCGAACUUUUCGGCACAAAUAUGACGUGGGGAAGAUUUGGCAAAGGCAUCUACACCACAGCAACAUCAUCCAAAGCGAACGAUUACAGCCAGAACAAGCAGACCUCACAGUACAAAACACUGCUUUUGAACAAGGUGAUUGUAGGGAAUGGGUUCAAGGUCACUAAAGACCAGGAUACGUUACAGAAGCCGCCAUCGGGAUAUGAUUCGGUGUUGGCGGAGGUCGCACCGGGAGGAACGUUGAACUACGAUGAACUCGUUCUCUACCAUAACGAUGCCAUUCGCCCAUCCUACCUUGUCAUUUAUGACGCUUAGGAUCGCCCGUAUCCAAAACUUUCAAUGGUAUUUGC